AUGUAUGACUACAUCAAUGCUGAAGAUACCGAGCUGUGGGAUGUGAUCCUUGAUGGGCCAUAUAUUCCCACCAAAGAUGUAGUGGAUGGAGAACUCACCAAGGUGAUUCCCAAAACCAGAAGGGAAUACAAUGAAGCUGACAGGAAAAAGAUAGAAAAGAACUAUAAAGCAAAAAAGUUGCUAGUAUGUGGGAUUGGUCCAGAUGAGUACAACAAAAUCUCUACGUGUGAGACGACUAAAGAAAUAUGGGACUGUCUCAAAACAACUCAUGAAGGAAUGACACAAGUAAAUGAGUCUAAGGUAGAUAUUCUAACCACUCAAUAUGAGAAUUUCAGUAUGAAGAAAGGUGAAACCAUCAACGAGAUGCGUAGAAGGGUGCUUCCCAAGUCAUGGAAGAGCAAAGUGAAUUCUAUCACUGAAGCAAGAAAUUUGAAGGUACUCACUAUGGAUGAUUUGAUUGGAAACCUUCAAACCUACGAGCUGAACAGGCAACAGGGGUCAACCGUGAAGGAAGGAAAGAAGGAGAAAUCAGUGGCUUUGAGGACGUCUCUGAAUGAUGGGUCAGAAGAGGAAGAUGAGAUGACAUACCUCACUAGAAGGUUCAAGAAGAUAAUCAAGAAUCAUGGAGGGUUCCAAAAGAAAUGGGCCUGGUCAUUUCAUGAGGGACUGUCAAAGCCAGAAGCAGAAACUCAGGACUUCAAACUUCAUAGAAGGUACCAAGUCCCAGACCAUGCUAGAAGAAAGGCUCACGCUGAUCAAGUAGUGAAGAAAUCCUUUGCAGUCUAUGGAAAUGGUUCCAGUGAAUCCGAGGAAGAAGAAGAUAAUCAUGAAAAUGUCUCAAUGAUGGCCGUCAAAGAUGACGAAACUGUGUUCAACUCCAUUGUCUCACUGAUGGAAAAAUCAAACGAUGAAGAGAAUCAAUAUGAGGUAACCCUUUUUUAUCUCAAAAGUGAUCUAGAUACUUUAUCCAUUAAAAGAUUAAGAAAACUUGUUACAGUGCUAAUUGACUCAGUAGAUGAAUUAACCACUGAGAAUAUGAUAAUAAGUGAAAAACUGAGUCUGUGUGAGGAUGAAAGCGCAACCCCUAACUCUCAAAUGUCUGCAAUGAGUGUUAGGAUAAAUAUUAUAGAAACUAAGAAUAUGCUGCCUAAUGAGGAACAUGGUACCUCUGAGGGUGGAAAAAGAAAACUCAGUAGCUUUGAGGUCGAAUUAGAAGAAAAGUUAAAGGCACCUGAGUUUAAAUCAGUUGUUUCAGUUGAAAAGAAUUCUCAACUAAUGAAGGACCUUAGUAAGAUCAAAGAAGAGCUGAACCAUUCCUUGAAAUGGAUUGAUUUGUCUAAGAUCCUUUCAAACUUAGCUAAUCAGAAGUUCAACAACCAAAAUGGCUUAGAAGAGAGGAAGCAGUCAGUUCUGGUACAUGGACAGUGGAUGCUCAAGGCAUAUGACUGGAGACACUCAAAACUUCUCUCUUUGGAAGCACACCAGGGCAGUGGUAUGUCGUUUGGUGAUGAGAAAAAGGGUUUCAUUCUCGGAAUUGGGAAAAUAGGAAGAUCAACAGAACAUUCCAUAGACAAUGUUCAUUAUGUGAAUGGUUUGAAAUACAAUCUGUUAAGUGUAUCUCAAAUCUGCGAUAAGGGAAAUGAAGUUAAAUUCUUGUCUGACAGGUGCCUAGUUACUAACUAUGUAACUAACAAAGUUGUUAUGUCUGCCAAAAGAGUAAAAAAUAUGGAUGUUGCAGAUCUUGACUUAAUAGAAGGGGAAAAUCUCACAUGUCUUAGCACUCAGACUGACAAUGCAAAUCUAUGGCAUAGACUAUUGGGACAUGUGAGCUCAUCCUUGUUGAACAAGCAUGUUGCAGGGGACCUGGUCCGCGGACUGCUUAAGCUGAAGUUUUCUGACAACAUCAGAAUUCAAAGCAGAGGAGGCAAGAAGUACAUUCUGGUAAUUGUUGAUGAUUUCUCAAGGUUCACCUGGAACAUGUUUUUGUGGACCAAAGACGAGACAACUGGAUUACUGGUCACUUUUGCCAAAGCUAUUCAACUGAAGAUCAACUGCAAGAUUGCAAGCAUUAUAUCAGACCACUGUACAGAGUUUGAAAAUACUCAAAUUGAAGGCUUUUGUGCUGAAAAUGGAAUUCAUCACAACUUCUCUGCACCAAGAACGCCUAAAAAAAUGGGGUUGUGGAGAGGAAGAACAGGACCUUGGUGGAUUUUGCUAGAACCAUGUUGA